AAAAUUUGAUCGCAUUGGAGAUCCAAAAGGAGGUUGCACAAAUCUGCAAUUCAAGUCGCAUCAGAAUUCGCUAGCCUUUCUUUCGCCUCUCCCAUCCAUCCUUGUCUCUCCUUUACUCUCUCCCACUCAAAAAAUAUAUAUAAUCAGGAAUAACACCAUGUCUGUAGCCGUAGACACCAUCCCUGUCCGUCGCCGCCGCCAUUCGGGAUCCAAUGCUGGUCCUGCACUUCGCAUUAAUGUUUUGCGAAAGGCUGAGCACGAGAACGACGCAGCAACCAUCACCCCUCCACCAAGACCAAAAUCAACCCCAGUGGAUGAACUUCCACAGAGACGUAGAUCAAACUCUGCCUCGGACUCUGAAUUUUCCGAUAAAGAGACCAUGCAAAUCGAUGCUAGCCACUCAGAUCAGCGUAGUUCCUCUUCGUCCCCUCAAAACACAGCCCAGAACGACGAUUCCGAUAAACCGAUCCCAGACAGGCCAACUCGUCCUCUACCGGCUUCAAAAGCUCGCCGAAUGGCGGGCAACGCUAAUAAUAACCCCAUGCCUCAGCCUGCAAACCCUUCCAUGCUUCCUGUACAAGCACAUGUCCCUCGCGGAGGUAUCGCUUCCACCCAGCGCCGCCUUUUCGUAAUUCUUGAACAGGCUUGUCUGGAGGCUUACAGAGUCAGCAGUGGUGGAAAAGCGAAGAAUGGUCGGGAGGGAGACGUCAAGUAUACUCUUCUGAACUGUGACGAUCACCAGGGCAUCCUGGCAAAGACAGGAAGAGACAUUGCAGAUGCACGUCCAGAUAUCACGCAUCAAUGUCUCUUGACGCUUCUCGACUCCCCUCUGAACAAAGCUGGACUUCUCCAAGUCUACAUUCACACUGCCAAAGGUGUGCUCAUAGAAGUCAACCCUCAUGUAAGGAUACCACGGACAUUCAAACGAUUCAGCGGUUUAAUGGUUCAACUCCUUCACAAGCUAUCUAUUAGAGGCGUAAAUGGCCCAGAAAAGUUACUUAAAGUCAUCAAAAAUCCCGUGACAGACCAUCUACCUGUCAAUACCAUGAAGUUGACAUUAUCUGGUGAUGCCCCUACGAUCCGGCUAUCGCGCUAUCUACCCACUCUGCCAGAGACGCACUCUGUCGCAGUUUUUGUGGGCGCAAUGGCUCGUGGACGGGAUGACUUUGCCGAUCAUGUUGUAGAUGAAAAAAUAAGUAUAAGCGACUACCCACUCAGUGCUUCGGUCGCAUGUGGAAAGUUUUGUUGCGCACUGGAAGAACUCUGGGACAUUGUUUGAACUCUUCCUUCGAUUGUCUGCACAUGCAUUCCCGUCGUGACGACGAUCUACAUGAAAUGUAACAUAUGAUGAUCUCUUGUUUUUUUUCCGGCGAUCUGCGUUGUAUUCCAUCUGUUUCCGAUUCUUCUGCAAUACCCCCCGACCCCCUCUCCACCACCCACUGCAUUUCAACCUGCGUUGCUUCAGAUAUCUCUUGAGCCGCAUCCUGUUUGUACCACUAGUAGAUGAAUGCCCCAGAGCUUCUCGCAUCGGAUCACGACUCAACUCGUGGUUCGGGGUUCUGGAUGUAAUGAUGCGAUUCUCUGAAUGAAAAAACACUGUGUUGCAUCGCAUGAUACGAGUGUCAUUUCGUUACUAAAGGCUGCUAGAAUUAGUUGACAGCAAAUGGUACGGAUUGGUAUCAAAUUGCUGGCGCGGGUCUUGGCCAGAUUUGGGGCCAA